AUGACUUCUCAUAAAGACUUGAUCAAUAUUCAGCGACAAAGGAAGGACACAACGGAAAAUGAUGAGAACAGUGAUAGUGACGUAGAUUCAGAUGAUUCCAUAGAACUGGAAUUUAGCUUGGAAGCUUUAAAAGAAUCUGCGGAAAGAAUAUUUGAAGAUAAAUGUAAAGUUAUCACACAAAUAGUUGAAAUAAUGUGCGAACUUAAAAAACAUAAAUUUCCUAAAAUUGGUGGCAUAUUUAUCGACCCAGAUACUCAAGAGUUUACAGUAGCAGCAAUUAAAAAAGAAAUAAAAUACAUAAAAACCGCUCAUACACAAGAAAAACAAGAAAAAUGGACUCCAGUAUACGAAAUAUUGGCUGAACUAGUUCCUAAUUUUUUUUCUAAAGAUGACAAAGAACGAUUUGUACCAACUCACAUAGCAGCAAUUAAAAAAGAAAUAAAAUACAUAAAAACCGCUCAUACACAAGAAAAACAAGAAAAAUGGACUCCAGUAUACGAAAUAUUGGCUGAACUAGUUCCUAAUUUUUUUUCUAAAGAUGACAAAGAACGAUUUGUACCAACUCAUGGUGAUCUUCAUCCAACAAAUAUUGUGAUGGAAGGCACCAAGAUUACAGGCAAUCCAUUUGCAAGUACUACAGAAGAAGAAAUUAAAGAACAUGAGGAACUUCAGAAGUUUUUCCGAGAACAAAUGAAAAAUUUUGAUCCAGAAUUUGUAGGCAUAAUGGAUAACAUGGAUGAAUUUAAAAGCAAAAUAUAUAAUUUGUUUAGCGAAUGUAACUUUUCAGCUUCAAUAGAACAAAAAAAGCCUUCUCAACAACAAAAACAACAAUUAUUGUUAAUAUCUACUAUCACUACAACUACUAAACAUCUUGGUAAUAAUAAACUUCUCGCCACAACCACAACCACUGCUAACUAUUCUUUACCUCCUUCCACUAUAACUUCUCGCUCUUCUUCUCCCUUCGCACAAUUUGCAAUUCUUCCCACCUUUAAUUCUACAAUUAUUAAUCCCACUCCUACCAUAAUUAAUAACAAUAACGACAACGACAACAACGACAACAACAACGACAACAACGACGACGACAACGACAACGACUACAACAACAACAGCAACAACAGCAAUAAUAGAAUAAACGCCAUUAAUUUAAAUCAAGGAAAAAAAUCAAUUCAAGAUAUUUUAAAUAAAUCACAUAGAACAGAAAGAGAAGUUAAAUUUACAUUAUCUAAGCUAAGACGUUUAAUACUUGAUGAAGGAAUACCAGAAGAAAAUUUGCCAAAAUUGUCCCCGUCAAUACAAAAUCUAAUUAGACCAGAUUCGCUUAGAUCAACUGUAUGGAAACGUUUACUAGGUGUUUAUCACGUAUCAGCUAGUGAUUAUGUUCGUCUUAUCAAGAAAGGAAAAUCUUGUGUUUAUGAGAAAAUUAGAAGUGAUACUUUUAGAACUAUGGCAACUGAUCAAAAGUUUUUGGAGAGGGUCAAUGAAGAAAUGCUGACACGUUUAUUGAAUGCCACAGCUUGGAAAAUGAAAGUGUCUGGUAAUCAAUCAAUAAGUUAUGUUCAAGGAAUGAAUGUGUUAGCAGCACCUUUCUUAUAUACGAUGUCAGAGUUAGAUGCAUAUUGUUCAUUUGUAACAUUUAUUCAAACUUGUUGUCCAUUAUAUGUAACACCUAAUUUACAAGGAUUGUUAGAAAAAUGUUUAAAAAUAUUAGAUGUAAAAUUAUUCAAUUAUUUAAAAUCAAAGAAUCUUACGGCGAUAAUUUAUGCUUUGCCAUCUGUUCUUACAUUUUGUGCUUGUACUCCGUCGCUUGAUGAAUUGUUAAAGCUUUGGGAUUUUUUAUUUGCUUAUGGAGUUCAUUUAAAUAUAUUAUGUAUUAUUGCACAACUUGUAUUAAUCAGAGAUCAGUUAUUAGAAGCGCCGAGCCCAAUGAAAUUAUUAAGAACAAUGCCAAAACUGGAUGCAAAAUCAAUAAUAAAUUUGACUGUCGAAUUUGUACAGAAAAUACCUAAUGAUUUAUAUGAUUUAUUGGUUAGACAUCCUUUUGACUCUACAGUUGAAUCAUUGGUUAUCGAUUAA